AUGGCUCUCGAAUGGAUACGUUCGCUAUCAAAGAGGGUUGAGACAAAGAGAUCCGCUUUCACCUUUGUUGUUCGUGUUAGUGACGGAUGUACUGAGUCGAUGUUCUUUCAUGCACUAAGAUCUCAGGUCUUGAUCGAAGUGCCUCUCGGUGAGUUUGGAAGUAAAUACAAUCUCCACUAUGCUGAUGACCUCCUGGUGUUAACCAUGAGAGGUCUCAAGGAUCUCAAGACAUUGAAGCUGAUCUUAUACUUGUUUGAAAGUAUGACCGGCCUUAAGACUAAUUUCUCAAAAACCUGCCCAUAUUCGAGUAAUAUGGGAGAGCUCCCAGAGGUUACAAUAACAGAGACUUUAAACUGCACAAUGGGUACACUUCCUAUCACCUAUCUUGCUGCUUCAAUCUCUAGUGCAGGAGGUCUGGGUGGUGGCCCCUUGUUCCUCCCCACACUUAACCUUGUUGCAGGCCUGCAAAUCAGGACAGCAGCCAGCUUCUCAGCCUUGAUGGUCACUGGAGGAUCUCUGGCUGCUGCUGUCAUCUAUAACCUCUUCUUAGGGACCUCACUGAUAGACUAUGAUAUUGCACUCCUCUCACAGCCAUGCUUGCUUCUUGGAACAUGCAGUGCUGGAGUGAAAUAUUGGAAGGGUGAGACUGAAGAGGUUAGAAGAAGGAGGGACUGUGGAGAUGGUGAGGUGAGCUUGGAGGAGGCUACAGCAGUGACUCAGGGGACUCCAUGGGAAAAGUUGGCGAUGUUGGUAUUUGUAUGGAUGUCUUUCUUUAGCCUGCAUAUUCUUCUUGGUAACAAGGAUGGACAGAGUUUGGCACACAUAAAAAAAAUGUGGUGUUGGUUACUGGCUGAUCACGUUGUCCCAAAUUCCAGUUGCAAUUGGUUUCACUGCAUAUGUCUUGUAUGCAAAGCAGAGGAAAGUAUAUUGGGUGGUCUCUUCGGCAAUGGUGGAGGAUCAUUAACUAAUCUUGUUCUUCUUCAUAUUGGAGUACCCCCUCAGACAACAGCAGCAACAACAAGUUUCAUGGUCUUGUUCUCUUCUUCAAUGUCUUCAGCACAAUACUUGAUCCUUGGCAUGAAAGGUGUCAAACAAGCAUUGAUUUAUACUCUGCUAUGCAUUGUGGGUUCAGUCCUUGGAUUGAUCAUAAUAAAAAGAGCUGUGGUCAAGUCUGGCAGAGCUUCUCUGAUUGUGUUCAUGCUCAGUAUUGUGAUGGGGCUUAGUACAAUCUCUAUUACUUGCUUUGGUGCAAUUGGUGUUUAUAGAGAUUACACUGCCGGCAAAAAUAUGGGUUUCAAUCUCCCUUGCAGAUGA